AUACAGGCGUGUAGUCGGCAGGAUGGCUGAACAAGAUUGCCCAGCUGUCGCCAAUCCAUUCGUGGAACGAGUUGAUGUCACCCUGCACUUUCUUUGCACUGAAGUCAGGGGCAACAGAGCCCAGACGAAUGCGAGGCUGCUCCUGGGUUGUGGCAAGACCACGGUACAAGAAGGGAGCAGCUCUGGCACGAGCAGUCAGGGGCUGACAUGCCGAAGCACGAGAAAGAGCUCUGGGUACUGAUCUGAAGAAUGAAGCCAUUGUGUAUCUAUCUUGUGAAUUGGACUAUCUCAAGUGUUCGAGGCUCGAGUUCGACACCUAUGGACUUCGACUUCUACAAAACUUCGGCCUUCUCGACGUCAUGCCGAUCUCGGCAAUUGCUCUCUCCAGCUCGAAGCUUCACCACAAAGCCUUUUCUCUCGCGACAAACAUUUCGUUUAUCAAGAAGUAGGCAACCGAUAUCAUCGGCGAGUCUACACUCUUGCUUGUCAGAUCUGAGGACUACCAAGUGUUCAUCAGUAAGCCAGUGCGGAAAGAUGCCUAUCCCGGUCUUCUCUGCCGCGGAAUUCCAGUGCGGAGCAGCUCCGCAUAUCAAGGUGGGAAGGUAAACACAAGUAGCUACCCCGCGGCAGUCCUUACUAGG